AUAAAAAAUUGGGGGAAAAAGACUCUUUUUCUCCCUCACUCUCUCGUGGCCUGGGACAAAAAGCUGAGGAAUUUCAAAGAACCCUAUUUUUUUUAGCUUUUUGAGCUUUCCUUCGAAACUUCAUUCUCUCGCCACUGAAAUUCAAUCAUCAUGAAAGGAACGAAACGUUUCGCCGUACCGGAAUCGAACCCCGCCUCGCAAAAUGACUCCGCCUUCUGGAAUAAAAGAAUAACGGUAGGAUCCAUGUUUGAUGUUCACAGGGCAGACCUUUCUCAACAGAAACCGAUGGGCUCGCCCACAUUAAAUUUGCAGCGAGCCGAGUCAUCUCGGCAGCAUGUGAGAGCUCUGAACAUCCAAUUCGCAAGUUGGGUGCAAACACAAUUGAAGAACCACCCGGAUGAACUCUGGGAAGAUGGCGUUCGGGACUACCUAGCUCAUGCUUCAAACAUCAUGGAGAAAUUCACGGAUGUUGUCAACUGGCUUAAAGCAAAUGCUGCAAAUGGAGAAAGUUUGCCUGCUGCGGAAUUACAGACUACAGAAAAGAAAACGAUACCAGAAGCCAAGAAUAGUGAGACCAAAUUAUUUCAGACACAAACUGGGCUUACCCCUGUGAGUACAACUCCUAGCUUUGUGACUUCAUGGAGUUCUGGCGUAUUCUCCAACAAUCAAACGGGAGGGGUCGCCAACAGUCAAAACUCCAGUGUGUUGUCAAGUACUCAAAGCUCUGGAGUACUCGUCAACAGCCAAAGCUCAGGGGUGUUCUCCAACAGCCAAAGCUCAGGGGUGUUCUCUAGCAGCCAAAGCUUAGGUGUGUCCUCCAGCAGCCAAAGCUUAGGUGUGUCCUCCAACAGCCAAAGCUCCGGGUUAUUCUCCAACAGCCAAAGCUCCGGGUUAUUCUCCAACAGCCAAAGCUCCGGCUUAUUCUCAAACAGUCAGAGCUCCGGGUUACUCUCAAACAGUCAAAGCUCCGGCUUAUUAUCGAACAGCCAAAGCACCGAGAUAUUCUCAAACAGCCAAAGCUCCAAUAUAUUCUCGAACAACCAAAGCUCUGGGCUAUUCUCCAACAGCCAAAGCUCAGGCUUAUUCUCCAACAAUCAAACCCCAUUCUCGUUUGGAAAUUAUGGUUCAGCUCCUGAAAACCGGGACGCUGCAGAUGAUGCGGAUGGUGAAAAUGAAGAGCAACCCAGCAGCCCAUCUGUGAAGAAGUCUGAAGAAAAGGGCGUUGUUGUUGUCCAUGAAGUCAAGUGCAAACUUUAUGUGAAGUCAAGUGACCCUGCAGAUAGAGAUCCAUGGAAAGAUAAAGGCACGGGGCAGCUUUCUAUAAAAUGCAAAGAGGGUGUUAGCAAGGGUGCAAAAGAAUCCAAACCGACGAUUAUUGUUCGUAAUGAUGUAGGAAAAUUGCUGCUUAAUGCUUUAAUAUAUCCUGGUAUCAAGACGACUACACAAAAGAAUUCCAUUGUUGCGAUAUUUCAUAGUGCGGGAGAUGGUGAUGGAAACGGUGGUGGUAAAAACGACAAUGCCGUGGCGCGUACCUUCUUGAUUAGAUUGAAAACAGAGGAGGAUCGAAAUAAACUAGCAACAGCAAUCCAAGACUAUGCGCCUUCAUCUUGAAAGUCGCAAUAAGUAAAACAUCUUUAGUUACCUCAUCUUUAACAAUGUACCAAUAGGUAGCAUGGAUUUUGCAGCAUCAAUAUUUUUUGGAUUUGGAGAGGAGCUUUUUUUAGCUCUCUUUUCUGAGGCUCCAUAAGAAGGGAAAGUUAUUUUUCAUGUGCAAGUCUUGAUAAAGUUCCUGUCCGUUAUGAGAUACUACUGUUCUUGUAACGUAAGAAAAAGCAUAUUAGUGAUC